CAUUCAUUGUUGUGUAGGUGAACAUCGCGUGAAAACAUGUUGCCUUUUUUGUAUUUUUGUACAUAUUUUUUAGAUUAGUUUGAAAUGCUGAAAUCCUGAGUGUAGUCGUAAUAUUUCAUAUAGAGAAUAUCUUAAUACAUUAUGCUAUUUUAUUAGUGCAUGAAAACCUAAUCUACUGAACUCCCCUAUCAAGACGUGUCACCCUGGAAUAUGAGGAAACUUCUACCGGCAUUUUUCCAUACAAUUAAAAGACAACGAAACAUGUCUAAGUAGUGUCAAAAAUGGCUUUUACAAGUGUUAUAUAGGUUUGUAAACUUAUUUCUUGCUAAGCCAUACUUAAAGCCAUAGCUUGGCUUUUAUCAGUUUAAACUGCGGUUCGAAGGACUGUCGAUCGAAGAAGAACAAUGUAUCCGGCCCGGCGCUGUUCAUCGCGGCUUCACCGAGACCUGGCCGCUGUCUGUCGCUCAUCACUGGGGACACAUCCAAAGAAGUCCGGUCCGCUGAAGAAAAGCAGUCCUCCUCCAACAAGGUCCAACUCUUCAGCCGUUCUGCUCAGUUCUUUACAAGGUAAUUUAAGAUUUCGUCCCGCAUUCUUUCCGUUUCUAGACAGAAGUGUGGAUACUGAUGACUACGAGUAUGAGCAGGCUGACCCAAAUGCGCUGUUGCGUGAAUGCGAGGAGGUUUUGAGGAACCGGCCUCCUCGACUGCACCGAGACUUUAUGAUGACCAGAGCCUGCUCACUGCAGAACGCACCCAUCCGCGUCAUGCAGUGGAACAUCUUAGCACAAGCUCUGGGUGAAGGCAAGGACGGUUUUGUGCGCUGCCCAAUGGAGGCAUUGAACUGGUCAGAGAGGAAGUAUCUCAUUCUGGAAGAGAUCCUGACCUACAGGCCAGAUGUGUUGUGUCUACAGGAGGUGGACCACUACUUUGACACCUUCCAACCUGUGCUCGCCAGCUUGGGCUACCAGAGCAGCUUCUGCCCCAAGCCAUGCUCCCCCUGCCUGGAGGUUCACAAUAACAACGGCCCUGACGGCUGCGCUCUGUUCUUCAACCGCCGUCGCUUCCAGCUGCUCCACACCUCUCACCUCAGACUCUCUGCCAUGUUGCUCAAAACCAACCAGGUUGCUAUCGUGGCUACGCUUCGCUGCAGGUUCACAGGUCGAGUCUUCUGCGUGGCAGUUACACACUUGAAAGCGCGGAGCGGCUGGGAGGUGUUUCGAAGUGCACAGGGGGCUCACCUCCUCCAGCAGCUCUGUGAACUAACCACACAGUCGCACCCGGAGAUGGAUGAUGAAAACCGGACUAGGGUUGGGGAAACUGAAGAUGGUAUUCCGUUGGUGGUAUGUGGGGAUUUUAACGCGGAACCAAGUGAGGAAGUGUACAGGCGCUUUAUGACUUCUCCUCUGGGGCUAGAUAGUGCUUACAAGUGUCUAAGUGAGGAUGGGAACACAGAGCCGCCCUACACCACCUGGAAGAUCCGGCCCAGCGGAGAGAGCUGCUCUACCUUGGACUACAUUUGGUACUCAGAAAGAGCGUUCCAGGUGGACGCUGUGCUAAAGAUACCGAGCGAAGAGCAGAUCGGGCCGGACCGGCUUCCGUCUUAUCAUUAUCCCUCUGAUCAUCUGUCACUGGUGUGUGACCUAAGAUUUAGUCAGCAGCCUCAUAGGUUCAUGUAGCUGUCAAUCAUUAGUGCUCUCAAAUAGGGAUCCAGAGCAGCUUAGGACAUUCCUAGAAGUAUGUGUGCCCAUGUCUGAAUGUGAGAAUGCAUUAUUGCAAAGAAUGUAUCAUUUUAUUCACCUAUUUUUACCUGCUUAUAUAGGUCUUAAUGCACCUCUUUGCUUAUUAUUUUCCUUGAUGGAGAUUAAUUAUUAUUAUGCUCUCAUUGUUUGUUAAACAGAGGUUGUGCAAUAUAUAGUAAUUUAUUAAGUGCUAAAGGAUGAUCUCAGGAAGACGCACAUUCUCGAUUAAAAGGUUCCACAAGUGGAAAGAUGUUUAUAUUUAUACUGACUGUAUACUUUUUUUUCUUUAAGUAACACUGUAAUCAUUGAUAUGUUUGCCAUUGACCAGUAAUCUCUCAAUACACCAGUUUAUUUAAA